AUGCGUGUCGACGACUUGGGCGGCAUGAUCUUCUUUACGGAUCCGCUCGACCCGCACCCGCACAUCCACGACGUGCUCGCCUUGAUCCGCAUGGCAGACUUGCACAACAUCAUGCACGCGAGCAAUCCGUCCACGGGCGACGCGCUCCUCAGCGUCCUUGAGAAGGGGCUGCCUCUACGAUAA